CACUCCUCUGCGUCGCAUCGCUCACACGGCGCUCAGCCCUUGCUCAUCCGCCUUCUCGCCGCUCGCUGCGUCUGAAGCCCAGCCAGCGCUCCCUCUACGCACGCGCCACUCGACGACUUCCAUCGCCGCUAGCCCAGCAUGGCCGCCGAGUCCAACUAUGACUUCCUCUUCAAAGUCGUCCUCAUCGGCGACUCGGGCACGGGCAAGUCGAACCUGCUGAGCCGCUUCACGCGCAACGAGUUUUCCCUCGAGAGCAAGAGCACCAUCGGCGUCGAGUUUGCCACGCGCAGCAUUGCCGUCGACGGCAAGACGGUCAAGGCGCAGAUCUGGGACACGGCGGGCCAGGAGCGUUACCGCGCCAUCACCUCUGCGUACUACCGCGGCGCCGUGGGCGCGCUGCUGGUGUACGACAUUGCCAAGCACCCCACCUACGUCAACGUGUCGCGCUGGCUCAAGGAGCUGCGCGACCACGCCGACGCCAACAUCGUCAUCAUGCUCGUGGGCAACAAGAGCGACCUGAGACAUUUGCGCGCCGUGCCGACGGAGGAGGCCAAGAGCUUCGCUGCCGAGAACAACCUCUCCUUCAUCGAGACGUCGGCACUCGACGCCUCCAACGUCGAGCAAGCGUUCCAGAACAUCCUCACCGAGAUCUACCGCAUCGUGUCGAACAAGGCGCUGCAGAGCAGCGAGAGCGACAUUCGGCCCUCGGGCGGCGAGACGAUCACCGUGCAGCCGUCGGCCGACGACGGCGGCAAUGCAAAGGGCAAGGGCGGCUGCUGCUGAGCGUGCCCUUGCGCGCACGUAAGCGCGUCGGAGGCAGCGAUGGAGGGCGGAGGAGCAGGUGGAGAGCAGGGGCGAGCUGAGGCGGGAAGAGCGCAUGAGAAGGAGGGCGAUUAGGUCAAGGCGGAGUGCGUCGGCAUGCGCGCGGCGUGAGCGGGCGCUUCGUCGAUGAUUUGUCGAACGCUGCGACCUCUUUCGAUGCGUGUUUCCAUCGCACCCCUCGUCGUCCUCUCGAUUCCUCGCGCGCAUCGCCUUCUCUGCGCUCUUCAAUGGCUCUCCAAUCUUCGCGUCCUCAACACCGAACCACCUCGCCUCAUCGCCUCCGCCCGCGCCCCUCGGCAGCCAGCUCCCCCCGACCCCCUCUUCCUCUCUCGCC